AUGGGGAAACUGUUGUCAAAAAUUUUUGGCAAAAAGGAAAUGAGGAUAUUGAUGUUAGGGUUGGAUGCAGCUGGAAAAACAACCAUUCUGUACAAAUUAAAGCUUGGGCAAUCCGUAACCACUAUACCUACUGUUGGUUUUAAUGUCGAAACAGUAACGUAUAAAAAUGUAAAGUUCAACGUAUGGGAUGUUGGUGGACAGGAUAAGAUCAGGCCGUUAUGGAGGCAUUACUAUACUGGCACUCAAGCUCUUAUCUUCGUCUUGGACGCUGCUGAUAGAGACAGGUGCUUCUUGUUUGUUCAUUUUCAUCCUGUUUUUGUUUUGGCUUACAUUUUCUUUUUCCAUUUUAUUGUUAUUCCAUGUGAGAGCAUCCCGGCCUAA